AUGGAGAGAGGAGGUGGCAUGAGAUCCGGUGAAUCUCCAGGGAUAUUGAUUAAGAAAAGAAGCUCUUCUGGUUGCUUGAUUGUGAAGAAGAGCGAUGGGGUUGGUAGGAUUUGUUCGUUUUCAGAGAAUCGUCCGAGUUUUGAUAGAAAGAGGUCUAGGAUAAUUAAGAGUGAUUCUGAGUCUAGCGAUAGAUUUACGAUCCCUCGUAGUGAUUCCGUUUAUGAGCAAGACACGCGACACUAUCGCAAUGUAGAAGACAGUCGUUUCGGCUUGAGAAGGGAUUGUGUUGAGGGGAAAGGGGAUUGUUUUGUGGGGAAGAGCAGAGAGUGGAAAGAGAGUAAGAGGCAUAGACUAGAUUCUGAUGAUGAUGAUGAUGAUGAUGAAAAUGAGGAGAGUGAAGAUGAGUUAUUGGCAAUGAGGAUGAGGAGAUCCUUUGAUAGUAGUGGAGUUGAUAUUGGUAAGAAAGCAUAUAUUGGGUCUGGUCAAUUCGGCAUUGACAGAGAAUAUGGAAGUGGGUCUACUAGUAAAGGUUUCGAUAUUGAGAAGAGGAGAAAACCAUGUUUAGAUGGAUCAGGGAGCAUAGGUUUCGCUGAUCAAGGUUAUAGGAACCGGUGUAAGGUGAGUGGAAACGAAAGCAAAACUCAUGCGUUAUCGCUGCAGAGGAAGUACAAGCGUGAGAUGAGUUUCGAUGGACCGAUCAGGGUUCAGGGGAAAAAUGGUGUCCUCAAGGUGAUGGUGAAGAAGCAGAAUAAGAUGGGAGGGUUACCGCAGAAUUUCACUGGUGCUGAAGCUAAACAAACUCCAUAUGGCUCGAAGAUUCAGGAGACUGGUAAAAUUCGUGUUGCGAUUCAGUCGCCAACCACUAUUAAAACAGAGAAUAUGGCGAAACUGCUUCUUCCCCCUGCUAGGAUACAGUCAAAUGGCUUGAAAAUGCCCACGGCUUUAAGCUUGAAGAGUAAAGGCCAGGACCGAGAUUCUGAAGAUAGUGAUACCUCGUUGCGGCUGCAGAAGAGAAUGAUUCAACCUCAUAAGCUCUUAAGCGCAGGAGGAGGAAAAACUUUACCUGAAGCUCCAACGCCUCCUAAAAUCAGAGACGGUAAGAUUAGGCGCGGUUCAGGCACGGAAAAGCAAAGAUUACGUGAGCGAAUCAGGGAGAUGUUACUGGAAGCAGGGUGGACGAUUGACUAUAGACCUAGAAGGAAUAGAGACUACCUAGAUGCAGUCUAUAUAAGCCCCAGGGGAACAGCGUACUGGUCUAUUAUCAAGGCGUACGAAGCACUUCUUAAGCAGUUGAAUAGUGGGGAAAAAGUGGCCAAGCCUUGUGAAGAUAGUUCCUCAUUUAGUCUGAUCUCAGAUGAGAUACUCAGUCAGUUGACGCGGAAAACCAAGAGAAAGAUUGAGAAAGAUAUGAAAAGGGAGGAACAAUGUGGCAGUGAUAGCGAUGGACGAGCGACUUUUGCAAGAAACUUAUCAAAUAUUAGAAAUGAAGUAGGAAACGGUGACAGAUAUGUUCGUAAAGAAGAGCGGAGCUCCUCUCCAGAGAUGGUUGCCGUUUCAGUAAAGAAUGAGGUCAAUGACAGAGACGGUUCACUGGGUACAACUUCAAAAAGCGAAAGCCCGUUGCAUCACCAAACUGAAAAAUCAACUGGUUCCUCCUCUCACCGUGUGGAUGGAGGGAAAAGUAGCAAACAUGGUAGGAGUACAUUGUUGGUACGGCGUUCAGUCAAAGGAGAUAAUUCAGAGAGUGGUGGCAUUGUGCCCUCAUUUGAAAAACGGACUGUACUGGGAUGGCUGAUUGAUAGUGGAACCAUACAGUUGAGCGAAAAGGUGAUGUACAUGAACCAACGAAGGUCACGCGCAAUGCUUGAGGGUUGGAUAACAAGAGAAGGGAUUCACUGUGGUUGCUGCAGUAAAAUUCUUUCAGUUUCGAAGUUUGAGAUACAUGCUGGAAGCAAAUUGCAGCAGCCGUUUGAGAACAUAUUUUUGGAUUCGGGGGUUUCUCUUCUUCAAUGCCAAACCGAUGCAUGGGAUAAGCAAAAAGGUGCUGGCAACAUUGGUUAUUGUUCGGUAGAUGUAAUUGCUGAUGAUCCAAAUGAUGAUGCUUGUGGCAUUUGUGGAGAUGGAGGUGAUUUAGUUUGCUGUGAUGGUUGUCCUUCAACUUUCCACCAAAGAUGCCUAGACAUACGGGUAUGCUGA